GAAAGAGCUUAAACUGAAACCUAUUGAAGUGUUGAGUGGUAGUAUCUUACAGAAGAAAAGUUUCUGCUGAGACACACAGGUAAAAAAAUAUCUGCUGCUGUGAAAAAGCAGGAAUGCUUUAAAGGGCUCAGUUUCUGUUAAAAAGAAAGGAUACAGAUCAGACGGGCUCGUGAAGAUUUAAGGAAUGGGGAGCCGAGGUGUGCCUUAAUGAUAAUUGGAUCUGGAAAAAUCAGAUCUACUGCUGAAAACAUAUUUGCUGGGUCACUGAAAAAACAGGAAUGGACAUAAAUAUAGCAUUUUAUUUCUCAGAGAAACGCCCAGAUGAAGUAGCUCAUUUGAAUGGGGCAGAAACAGCUUCUACUGUCCUGGAGGAGAAACCGAGAGCUUACAUUCAGUGCAACCCCCAUCCUUUUGACAAAGAAGAUGCAGAAUUUAAGUACGUAAGAGGCAAUGUACUCCCACCAGAAACGGGUGGGAAAAAUUUAAUUAUUCCAUGUCAUGAGUUUAAAUCUUUUCAGCUUGCUGCAAAGAGAGAUGAGUUUGAGCAGAAAAUAAAAUUUGCAAAAGAGGUUGCUAAGUUUGCAGCUGCAUGUAUGAACUGUAGAACCAAUGGGACAAUUCAUUUUGGAGUUGAGGAUGGUCGAGAAUAUGCACAUGGUGAGAUAGUGGGUGUUGCUGUCCACAAGAAAGAACUUUUUGUUGAGGCACGAGACAAGUAUGUCAUAAAGUGCUUUUUAGAAAAGUACCAAGCCGAUGCUGAACGUUCAAUUCGUCCACCAAGGUUUGUUGAAGUGAUUGGUGAUGAUACUGGAGAGCAGAGUUUUGUGAUUGAAGUUGACAUUGUUCCAUCAUUAUCAGUGGUGAAAGAGAGUUUUUAUGUAGUGAGACUUCCUGACCUCCAAAUGUCCAAAAGGCGACAUGCAGAAUAUCAGCAUCCCUCAAUCUACAAAAGAGAAGGAGCUUCUUCAAUUCGUGUAGUUAAAAUUGAAGAAAUGCCCGAGUAUGUUCAUGACAGAGAUUUUGAAAGAGAAAAAGCAGAGCGCAAUGAUGAGCUUUCCAAUGACGAUGUGUACAGGAAACUAUCUGAACUGUUCAUCAGUAUAAAGGAACACAUGAAUAAUGAAAUGAAGUACAUUCUAGUCACUGACAGUUGCAAAAAGGAAGAUUUAGAGAAUCUCAGAUUUUUGCUAGGAAUGAAAUUUUUCUGUGUUUUAGAUUUUGACCCCAAUUCUAAGGUGCAAGGUUUAUGUAGUCUAUAUCCUAAAGCUAGUCCUUAUUUCUUAGAAGAUUGCAUCACUGAAAGUAAUUCAUUGGCUGAUUAUCUCAUGAAGGGUUCAUUUCAUCAAACUAGCUGGAUAUUUUGCAAUGGGCAAAACGACAGUGGUGGGCAAAAACCUUAUGAUUCAAAAACAUGGAUGGAAACCAGAAGGGAGCAUCUGGUAAAGAUGAUAUCACAAAUCUGCAAUACAAUCCUUCCCCUAGGGACUUUUGAGGUAUUCUUUCUUUUGCUGUCGCCAGCAAAUCAGCUACUAGCACAGGCAUUUCAUGAAUUCUAUGCUGGAAUGAAUGGCAGAAAUAACAUAAAAUGCAUUGCGGAAAACAGAGAAAAUUACAAUAGCUGGGCAAAUCUUUUUCAGAAAACAUGUAAUAGAGAGACUCUUAACAACCUGAGUAUUGUAGGAACAAAGCUUAGCCAUUUAGACAGCAUGAUUCAGACCAUACAAUCUUCAGGACUAAGUGUCAAGCAGUUGCUGUGUGAUGGCACAAAGUAUGAAGAUCUGCUACCUUGUAUUGAAGUACUGAGAUCAGAUGAGUGCAGCUGUAUAAAUGUUGAUGCAAGUGAUGAAGAGUGGCAGACAGAAAUCAGAGACAAGGAAAUGCAUUUUUACAAAGGUGGUAAAGUCAGCUGGAUGAAUUUCUGGCUUGCUGAGAAUGGACAUUGUGGGAAAAUUAUAAAAAGAGAUGCAUAUGAAAGAGUGAAUAACCAUCUGAAUCAAGUGUUAGAAACAGCAGAUUCAAAGGAAUCGGUAAUCACUUUAACAAUAAGUCACCAACCUGGCAGUGGAGGGAGUACUGUGGCUCAUCACAUCCUUUGGGACUUCAGGAAAAGACUUACAUGUGCAACUGUCAACACAUCACAACCUGUAAAAUCUGUCUGUGAUAAGGCAAAAAAAUUACAGAACAAUGAAGAGAGUGGCAAGAAUUUACCAGUGCUUCUGCUUGUUGAAGAUUGUGAUGAGGAAUACACUGAGGAAUUGAAAAUCCAUCUGGGACGAGCAGUUGCUGAUUGCCCUUCAAAGCCAAACUUCAUUUUACUGCAUUGCAAGAGGUCUACACUUGCCAAUGCAUCUGACAUUGCGCAUGUUAUUUAUAAGUUAUCAGGCAGGGAAAAAACAUUGUUCAAUGAGAAACUGAAUGAUCUUAAGAAGCAAAGUAAGUACAAAGAAAACUCUAUCCUUACAUUUGUUCUAAUGACCAAAGAAUAUGAUCUAAACUAUCUUCAAAAAUCUGUGAAGGAACUGCUGGAAAGUAUAGAUCAGGAAUCUGCUAUUCUUGAUCUAAUUGGAAGCAUUGCAUUGCUAAAUCAUUACGUAGAAGAUUCAUACAUUACAGGAUCUCAGUGUGAAGCAUUCAUAAAUCAGCAUAUUCAAAGUGAAGACCUACAGCACCUUACUUUUGAGAGCAUAUUAAGGCAAACAUCAGGCUGUUUGCUCUCUCAUUUGUAUGAACCUGCAACAGAACUCCUGCAUAUCAGAAUAAUACAUCGUAAAGUUGCAGAACAAAUACUAAAUCAGAUGAAGGUCCCUCAAAGUCAGACCGUUACCCAUCUUCUUGAGAGAAAUGUAUUUUUCAAUUACCAGCCCACUACACAAAUGAAAUUCAUUAGGCAACUGUUUCUUAAAAGAAAAGACAAUGCAGAUCAAGUCAAACUUCCUUUUUCUUCCCUUAUUGCACAUAUAUGUGAAAAAGAGACAACAAGUAUAGCUGAAGAUGUUCUGGAAAAAGCUUGUGCACAUUUUGCUAAAGAUGCUUUUGUAGCUCAGCAAUUUGCUCGAUUCUUGUGCCACAAGGAAAAGUUUGAAAAAGCUGAGACAUGGGUAAAAAAAGCUCACAUACUACAACCAUCCAAUUCUUACAUUUUGCACACUGAAGGUCAAAUAUAUAAGAACUGGCUCUUCAGCUUGGAAGAGCAAAACAAACAACAAUCUUCUCCACAGAGAAUUGGAAAAACAAUAGAGCUGGCACUAAAGGCAAUUGAUGCUUUCCAGAGUUCCCAGGAAGCAUCCAAGUCAGAGACUGACUGGAAUAAUGCUGGCUAUUUCGGUGAAGUAGAGGUUGCAUGUUAUGUUGUGCAAUGCAUGCCUUUACUUGACAUAUUCAAAUCCAAGGAUGGCUGCCACAUAAACCUGGUGAAGUAUUUGCUGACAGAUUGGAUCCCAGAACAAAUAGACACUGCAUGGGCCAAGUUUCAUGGAAGAUUAAAAGGAUUACACAACAACAUUUGCAAAGCAAUGGAAACAAUUUAUGAACACAUGGCCUACUUUCAGCCUGACAAACGCACUGAGGAGAAACAUUUUGAGAAAUUAAGCAAAUGUGAAAAACAAUUCUCAUAUUUCUUCUGUUUCUUCAAUGAUUCCAGAGACAAGAUAGUGAAACAGGAAAAGAUGAACCAUCUGAUGCCCAUAUUAAAAUGUCACAAAAUUUAUUACCUGGGUGGUGGAAGAUUCACAAAAAUGUUUUCAUUGGCUUGUAAAGAUCUAAUCAAAAUAAUACAGUUGUGCACCGAUGGACAAGGAUUUCCUGACAAAAAUGAUCUACAAAACUACAUUUUAUCACAGAUCGCUUUAGCCGUCAACACUGAUGGCUUUUCUGUAGCUAAGAUGUUGAAAAAGGAAUUUUGUAAGCUUAGCCACUAUCUGUGUAAUCCAGGACAGUCCGCUAUCCCAUACUUCAUACAGGUACUAUUGUACUGGCCAGAAGCUGAAGCUGAAGAUGACAAUGAUUCAGCAGAGGAAAACGAUAGGUGUUUAAUCAAUGCAUUAAACACCAUGAAUGACUUGUACAAGGCCAAAAUAAAGGACGUCCAGGCUAAGAAAAAACCUACUUACCCUCAUUUUUUCUUAGGAUCUGGAAGUGGCUUUCAGCGGUUUAUCCACAACACAUACAUUAGAGAAGAUAACGAACAGGAAGUAAAUCCAAACAAGCCACAACGCUUUGAGGGGUGGGCUGAAGGAAACAAGCUUUAUGUUCAAGGGCACUGCAGAGAAAGUAAGGUUCCUAUCCAUCGCGGACCCAAAUGUUUAAUACCACCUGAGAGCAGAAGAGUUUCAUUUUAUUUAGGAUUUACAUUGCGAGGCUGUGUUGCUUAUGAUAUUAAGAAUGAGACCGAGGAUGGUAAUUUGUAAUCAGUGGAUUGCAUUAUUUAACUCUUGUCUUAUUAUUGAGUUAAUUGUACUCAGUGCUGUAUAGGCAACAUUUAUUUCUGAACAUUGUAAUAGAAAAUUCACAUUAUGGUAGUAUAAAAUUUAGGCAUUAGAACAAUACAGAUUAGGAGCAUGUCUGAUAGAAAUUUAAAUUAUUAGAGCUUGGGAUAGACUAUAGAUAUAUUACAUAGAUAUAUUAAAAGGUAGGGUAGAUAGAAGCAGACCUCCUCCAGUCAUUGAGUGGACUAGAAUAAGGGGCGGGGGGUGGGGGGGGCAUGGAUAUGAGACUGAGUAUAAGAGCUUUAGAAUAGAGAGAAAGAGGAACUACUUUACCCAGAAAGUUAUAAGACUAUGGAAUUCACUAUUAGAUUCAGACGCAAUGGCAGAAACGAUGUCAGAAUUAGCUUGGAAAAAUGAAGGGAAUUGGGUGAGUAAAUGUGAUUAGUAUUAUUUGCUUAUAUACUGUCACAGGCAGAUUGGGCCAAAUGGCCUAUGUCUAUUGUAACUGCUAUGUAUUUCUAUGUCUAACAAUGCAUGUAACCUGAAAAGGCCAUUUGGAUCAAAGAGCCAACAAACCAUGUAUAAGAUGUUGCAAUGCUUUUUUCAACACAUCAUCUCACUUGAAUCAAACAAUAAUCCUUGGUAAAACUUGAAUUUGUAGCUGAAUGGACUUAAAAAUUAAAAACAGAAUUUUUUCAGUUUGACCUGUUGAAGAUGAAUGAUACUAGUCUGCAUCCUUCUACCUGUAUGGACAUGAAAGCAUGCAUGUGUGUUGGACUGGUUUUCAGAUAAACAGUGCUUGUGAAAAAUGUUUCUGCCUACUUUGCUGGGAUUGCUGUGGUAAAUAUAAAUGUUCAUUCUAUCCUAAUACAAAGGGGACAUGUGUGAAUAGUAACUGUUUGGAACGAUGGCUCUUAAACUCCUCAAUGCAAAAUGAGAGAAUGUCAAUUACAAGAGUAAUACUGACCCACUAAAUAACAUGUUUUAGUCAGUUCAUUGUUAAUUAUGGAGAAGAAUAGGUAUUCCACUGAUUUCUGAAAACAGGCAUUUCAAGCCAGGGCACAUUUUAGAUUGCUGUCAUCAUUCCAUAAAGUUACCUUUCACGCAUCCCUUACAUACUUGCCCUUCCCUGUAUAGGAACUUAUUGGUUUCAGAAUGUUUAUGUCUUUACUUGAAUAGAUUUCCUAACUAAAUUAACAUGAUUUCAAAUGUGUUAAUAAGAUUUUUUUUAUUUCUUAUUGUCAGUGUACUUUAAGGAUUGAGCACUGUAUUUUAGCAAUGUUUAAUGAGCGGGAAAGAAAAGAAAUUUGUGAAGUUCUACUAUGUUUUAAUGCUUUUGGAAUCUUGGAUUUCAAAAUGAUAUAAUCCAAAUUGAAAAUGUUGGUGGAUGUCUUUUUUUUAAAAUCUGUAUUGAUGAUUUUCAGCAUUGCAAAUUAUUUGUAAACUGUUUCCACUUGGUAACACUUUAGGAAUAAAGUUUUUUUUGGACAUUUGGAAA